CUCUGUGUAGUUACAGUGAAUCAGAGCAGAAGCGCGUCAUGGGACGCCAGUGCGCUAAAACAGAGACGCUGGAUCGGUGCGACUCACUUUUACGGACACUUUUUACGCAAUUUCUUCAUGUGUUCAGACUUCCAGGUCGGAUCUGCCUGAAUCUUUAGAUUUUUCAAAGUAUUGCUUAGACGGUCUUCUGAACAGUAGACAUGAAUGCUACAUUUAACCAAACGGACAGCGGAAUCUUUUCCAACCGGACUGAGGAGAUCCUCCUGUGCUGUAACUUGUCGUCGGUGGUGACGGAUAACGGCUUCACGGCUGCCGCCCCGGAUGAGAGGAGUCUCUUCAUCAUGAGAAUAGUUCAGAUAGCGGUGAUGUGCGUUCUCUCCCUCACCGUAGUCUUCGGGAUAUUUUUCCUUGGCUGUAACUUGCUGAUCAAGUCGGAAGGGAUGAUCAACUUUUUGGUAACAGACCGGAGACCUUCCAAAGAGGUAGAGGCGGUUAUCGUGGGCGCGUACUAGAGACAUGAUGAGGAUUAUGCACCGCCAUCAAAUGAAGUUUGUGUGCGUCCUGAUGGACAUGUAUUUCGAUGACCUCUUUACAAACAAGACAUAGUAUUAUUUGGCCCGCUGAAAACUUUUAUCUGGGAAAUCCACUGAAUGCGUUCUCUUACAUUCUGCGU